AUGGCACCCGUCACGGCUUUGUCUUCGCAUGAGCGAACUCGAGUCGAAGAUUAUUUAAACGACAAGAUCCAGGUCUCUGCCGAUCUCGAGAGUCUAGAUUCGUUGUUGUCUAGUCUUCGCGCGCAACAGGAGCUUCAGCGGAAGCAGCUCUCGGAAGCCGGAGAAGCACUAUCGAACGCUACCAAAGCCUCUCGUGAACAUGCUGAGGCCACUCGAAAGCAAGCCGAGGCAUUCACUGCGGAGCAAGAAGAUAUCGACCGACGGCUCAAGGCUAUCACACAAUCCGAAACUAGCGAUGAAGCGACGCGAAGCCUCGAGAAGAGCAUGGAGAAGCUCCAGCGACUUGAAAUCUCCAAGGGAUACGUGGAAUUGCUCAAGGAAGCUGAGGAGUUGAGCAAGCAAGCUUUAGAAAUGAUGUCCUCCGAACCGCGUGCGGCUUUGGGUCCAUAUACCCGUCUACGAAAGAUUGUGGGGUUGUUGAAAGAUGCCCAGCCCGCCGCCGAAGGAGCAGCUCCUCACCUGGUCGAUUAUACGGACAAACUGGCGUCCGCACUGCGACAGCAGAUGAAGAAAUUCUUUGGAGACCGGCUUCAAAACACACUCCAAGAUUUAAAGUGGCCGACACGAGAAUUGAACCUCUCUGAUCAGCUUUUGGCUCGCUGGAGACAAGACGUUGAAUUGCUGCUCGACCUGCAAACACCUGAGCUUCAAAGUCGCGAUGCAGCCGCUUCGGACGUGAGUCUACAGCCACCGGUUUUGUUCCCAUUAGAGGUCAUGACACACCAUUUGGAUUUGCGAUUCAAGUAUCACUUCAGUGGUGACAAGCCAACAAACCGACUCGACAAGCCUGAAUAUUUCCUUUCGCACAUAAUGGACCUCAUUAACCAACACGGUGAAUUUUUCACUUCCUAUUUGCAGCCCAUCUUCGACGAAAGAGCCCAGGUGGUUGGGCCAAGUCUUGAAUGGAACUUUUACAAUGCCUCGCAUAGCUUCAUCACAGCACUACUUCCAAUGUUGACCCAAAAGAUCAGCCUCUUCCUUCCUCAGAUCUCAACAUAUCCCCAAUUGCUCAGUCAUUUCAUCCACGAACUGAUGAAAUUUGACAAUGAGGUCCGAGACACAUGGAGCUAUCUGCCAGACCCAUACGCGGAAGACAAUUGGAAAGGCAUGACGUGGGAAGUAUUAACCAAACAAGGUUGGUAUGACCGAUGGCUGCAGGUCGAGAAGGACUUUGCGCUGGUACGAUACAAAGAUAUCAUCGACACAGCAGACAGUGGAGAGAUCGACUAUGAUGGCAUGGAGAUCACUGCGUCAAAGCCAACCAAGGCUGCAAUUCGUGUGAAUGAUCUCCUUGAAACCAUCACAGAGCGCUACCAACCUCUGUCGUCCUUCAGCCAGAAGCUACGCUUCCUUAUUGACAUUCAAAUUACCAUCUUCGACCAAUUCCACGAGCGUCUUUCUUCUGCAUUGGAGGCUUAUCUCGCCAUGACAUCGACGAUCGGACGCACCGUACAGGGGGCUGAUGGACAAGCCAGCGUGGAAGGAGUUGCUGGUCUAGAACGGCUUUGCAGAGUCUUCGGGAGCGCUGAAUAUCUCGAACGGAAAAUGGAAGAUUGGAGCAACGAUGUCUUCUUCGUUGAGCUUUGGUCUGAGCUCCAAGGUCGCGUUCGACGAAACCAAAACGGCGGACAAAACGUAGCUGGCACAAUGUCUGUCGCAGAGGUAGCAUCGCGCACAUCCCCCGCUGUCGCCAACAGCGGCACCCACAUCGAGACCUCGUCCGACGGCGCUCUGUUUGACGAGACAGCCUCCGCCUAUCGCCGUCUCCGUCUCCGCUCAGAGACCAUCAUUACAUCUACCUUGUCCGCAAACAUCCUUUACGCCCUGAAGCCUUAUUCUCGAGUCUCCACAUGGGCAACACUAUCAACCCCCUCCGCCACGGCGACCGCAUCCCCUCUCUCGCCUACUUCCAGUUUAGCCCCCGUGAUGCGUGCUUUGUCCACGCAACUAUCUCUUCUCUCGCGCGCACUCGGAACUGCCCCUUUGCGACGAGUUUCACGCCAGCUUCUACUGUCUAUCCAGUCCUACAUCUGGGAUAAUGUGCUGAUUAAGCACAAUUUCUCAGCUACCGGGGCGUCUCAAAUUGCCAGCGACGUGGAUCACCUAUGUAGCGUUGUGGACUCUGCUACGGUUCCCUCAAAGCAUGCGGGAGCCUCGUUGCAGACCAUCAAAAAACUGAGCGAGGGUCUGCGCCUUCUUUGCUUGAGCGCGACUGACAAUGGAGACGAAUCUUCUGAGGACGAUGCCACGCCAAGGCUGUGGGACGUAGAAAACAAGCUGUUCAGAGAUAAUGAGAGCGCGCGGGGCGUGCUAGCAGAGCUAGAAAUCGACAGCUUGUCAGAGGCUGAGGCUCGGUCUGUUUUGGAGCGACGAGUUGAGGUCGGCAAUUGA